CAAGAACGGUCACUUGAGUCGUCUCCAUCGUCAUCGGGCCUCCUUUUCUGAUCCUGCGCACGCCUUGCAUUGGGCUCGCCCCAUCAGCCAUGGCUCGGAUGAAUGCUGUGCUGUGCCCAUGCAGCUGCCAGGGCUGCUGGCUGGCCUCGUGCUUGGCGUUACCUUUAUGGUCAUCACGGUCAUGCCGCUUG